UCCACAGCCGGUGACGACUCCGAACGAAUUUCCAACAUGGCAGACUUUGCGUGCUUCUGGGAGUGUUGCGCGCUUGUACUACACUUUGUUCGCACCCUUGCUCUUUUGGCUUCCGUUUUCACCACCUUGAACGUGAAUAUCUUCGUGGCAGCUUCAAUACACGUGGGACGAACGAGCAAAUCAUCCCCCUUCGCCCCUUUGGGCGAUGGGGCAGAUCCACAGCCAGACAAACACAGACCAAAGCGUGUUCCAACACCGCCUAGGGAUACGGGUGAAGAUGAAAACAACCCGCAGGAACCUUCCCCUAGGAGCAAUCCGCCCGUAAUACCAGGGAACCCGCACCCGGCUAUCCCUCCCAACAUUGUUCCAACCGGGAAACAGAAUUCUGCACCUAGUUAUUCCUCCAUUCUGCGCAUUCACGAAGAGAUCAUGGCUGCCGAUGCCGAGACGAUACGAAUCCAGCAAGCGACCAUCGAAUCACAGCAGGAAAUCAUUCGCAGGCAAAGAGAGAUGAUGAACCAGCUGAUAGUGCUUCUUGAAAUGCAAGAAGGCUGA